AUGACCACCGUGCCCUCAGGAAAUGCCAGCGUCUCCAGCAUCCCCACACAUGAUGACAACAGGUCUUCAGACAGCCCAACAGGAGGAUCCCAAAAUCAGGUCCCCCUCCUUGCAGUGCCUGAUGGUGCUGCAGUGUCAGCUGAACGGCAGGAUGUAAAUCAGGCCUCCAUCAAGCCAGCCACUUCCGAGGCCAUAUCAGUGUCUGGGGACAAGGACAAGCAUGAAGAUGAUGCAGAGCACAGCCAGGAGCCCAAGGAGACCAAAGCCCAUCUUGCCCACCCAGCCCCAGAUGCCCUGCAAACAUCCAAGAGCCUCCAGAACCCAGUGUGGGACAGGCCAGUGCAAGAUUCAAGGAUGACUCAGAGUCUUCAGACUUUCCAACAUGACUCACUGGUUAAGGAGGAGAUACCACAAGCGGUAGGUGCCCUGGACAGGGAGCAAACAUUAGUUCCAUUGACCCCAAGUGCUGAGGUACAGUCUCCCCAAAAUGUGCCCACUGUGAGCACUGCAGAUGCCAACAGCCAGCUUGACACUCCGGCCACAGGCAUCACUGAAGCUGUUGAAAAGAAACCUGAAAGUCCGGAGGCCUUGCAUCCUGACAGUGAAGCUUUGCCAUCAGCUGAGUCCCAGGUAGUGACUGAGGGGGAUUUGGUGGACCACUCAGGAGACCUGCAGGCUCAGCCAGUCCCUCCCUCCCAGGGAGCAGUGCUCCCCACUCACCUAGAGCCCCAGGUGGCCCCGAGGAGGACACCGCUGGACCAGAGCCUGUACAUGGCCAGAGAGGAGAACAACUACAUGCACUCUGUGACCAGCUUACUAAACUGGGGCGAGGGGUCCAUCAGCUCCCUGGCAGACAUCCUGAUGUGGUCUGAGGCCACCAUGGGCGUGGCCUCGGGUUUGCUGGCCUUUGGCCAUAGCUCCGUGUCAGAACUGCUACACAGCCGGGGCCCCAGGCUGCACUCUGUCUCCAGUAUUCUGGGGAAUGUCAGGUUGGCCUUCUCCUCCGGACUGGCUGCAGGCACUGACUUGGCCCUGCGCUCCGUCACCCACAUGCUAGAGAGGAUGGAGCAGAGGACUGUAGAGGGCAUCCACUCAGCCAUGCGCUACCUCACCAGCCACCUCACCUCACACCAUACUGGCUGUGACUGUGACUAG